AUGCAUCCAAAACUCACAGGCUCUCAGAUCGGCCUUAACACCAAGCACAAGCUUUUCCAACCCGGACAGACUGUCGUCGAUCUAGGUUUUGCACCAGGAUCAUGGUCUCAGGUUGCUGCAGAUCGCACUGCUCCAGAGGGUCGUGUCAUAGGUAUUGACCUGAUACCCGCACAACCCCCGCGAGGUGUCUCCACCAUACAAGGCGACUUUCUAUCACCUGUAAUCCAGGACGAGGUUCGAGCCUAUGUGCGAGAUCCGGACCUGGGCAGACCCAAAAGACAGGUUUCUGCUAAAGCCAGCGAGGGACUUACUGAAGAAGAGCUGGACGACAUCGAACGAGGAUAUAUUGACAUCGAACGACAUGCUCAUCUGGAGGGCGUAGAACUCGAACCGAUCGGGCGCCCAGCAGAGACCAGUGACAGCGAACGAAAUGCUCCAACUAGGCUCUCGUUGAAGGAGAGGGAUAUGCAGCAGGGCAGAGCAGUAGACGUGGUGCUCAGCGACAUGUCAGAACCCUGGGACCAAACGGCCGGCUUCUACAAGAAGAGCCUUAGUGACCCAUAUUUUAGGAUGAUGAACACCAGCGGAAAUGCUUUCAGAGACCACGCCGGCAGUAUGGACUUGUGCAUGGCCGCCCUGACAUUCGCUUUCGAUACGCUCAAGACUGGCGGCCACUUCCUCUGCAAGUACUACAAAGGGUCGGAGGAGAAGGCAUUCGAGACAAAGCUGAAGCGUCUCUUCGCCAAGGUGUACAGGGAGAAGCCGGAAUCCUCUCGCGCUGUAGGCUUUUCCGCACAGUGGAUGUUCCACGCUGACUGGCUCCAGGAAUCUAAAGAGGCGUACUUUGUGGCACUGCGCCGCAAAGAGACACCGACGAAGGAGGAGGUCUUUGGAGAAUAA